UGUAUGGCUAAACACGUAACUCAUAGCAUAAAGAUACGAUCUUGUCAAAGUUAUAUGAUAUUGUUUACUUUUUAAAAAAUUCUACGAAACGAAUAGUAGGUAAAGAGGUUAUAUUUACCUAUGUUCGUUUGACAGUUUGAAGGAUAUUUCUCUAACCUUGAAUUGUGGAAGAUGCGAUGCGUAUAAAAUUCUGCGAGAGAAUCUUCAGAAAAAUAAUGGGUCAAACGCUCAGUGAACCUGUAACAGCUAAGAAAUUAGCAUGCUGCAGAAACUCAAACUAUCGAGUUGGAAGUUCCUGUAUGCAAGGAUGGCGUAUCAAAAUGGAAGAUUGCCAUGUUCAUAUACUUUCAUUACCUGACGAUCCUGGUACAGCAUUCUUUGCAGUAUAUGAUGGUCAUGGAGGUGCGGCAAUGGCACAACAUGCUGGAAAACAUCUUCAUGAAUAUAUAACUAGAAGAAGCGAGUACAAAGCUGGUAACAUUGUUGAAGCUAUACAACAGGGUUUUCUGGAAUUAGAUAAAGCAAUGCAAAAUGAUGCAGCACUUAAAGAUGAACAAGCAGGAACUACUGUUAUAGCACUUCUUAUAAAGGACAAUAUUAUAUAUAGUGCAAAUGCAGGUGACAGUAGGGCAGUGGCAAGCAUUAAUGGUAAUGCUGUUCCACUUAGUCGCGAUCAUAAACCUACAUUGAAAGAUGAACGUGAAAGAAUCGAAGUUGGUGGUGGCUGGGUUGAAUUUAACAGAGUCAAUGGUCAAUUAGCAUUAUCUCGUGCUCUAGGAGAUUUUAUGUUCAAACGAAAUGAACGUAAACCACCGCAAGAACAAAUCGUAACUGCUUUUCCUGAAGUUCAAGAGUUUCGAAUAACAGAAGAUUGGGAAUUUGUUGUAUUGGCUUGUGAUGGUAUUUGGGAUGUAAUGACGAGUAAUGAAGUAGUCAAUUUUAUACGAACACGUUUAGUCCAGUCGAAAUUUGGGAUAGGAGAAGAACAGGAUACAAUGGAUCCUGAAGAAAUUUGUGAAGAGCUUAUGAAACAUUGCCUUGCUCCAGAUGCCUUAAUGGGUACUGGUUGUGAUAAUAUGACGGUCAUCCUUGUAUGUUUCCUUCACGGAAAACCAUAUUCUCAUUUAAUUUCACGCUGCAAGGAAUCUAUUGGUACAAAUUCCUAGUUAUAUAAAUUAUUGAUAUUUUAUGUUGAUUAUUUUUUUAAAUUCUUUAUAUUUAAUUUUACAUCAUAAUGAUGAACAAUGUCUCAUUGUCAUACUUCGUGAUGUCAAAGUUUAUAAAAUUUGUUAAGCUUUUCUAUGAGCUUCGUUGUUUUAAGUUUUAUGAACACAAAUUUUUAAAAAAAAAGAUUGAUUUUCUAUCAACAAUAUUUUAUCUUUCAUUAUAAUUAUUAACAUGUCUUAUUUAUAAUUUUAAAAAGCAAAUUACAAAUAAGCUGAAUUACAAGUUUUUAUUUACAGUUUCGAACAAUGGACAAGAAAUGUCCAAAUAUAAGUAUAGUAACAAUUUUAGUAAAAUGCAGUAAAUUUUCGUUCAAAGUCCAUAGCGAUCUUGUAAAGAAGAAACAGCCGCAUUGGCAAGAGAACUUAAUCUGCCUGCAACCUUAUUUACUCCUUGACGUACACUUUCUCUAACAUCAUCUAAAUCAACUCCAGUUCUUCCACCGCUAAGACGUAUUGAUAAAGAAGACGUGGGGGAUGUGACAGUGGAACUUCCUGUGCCAAAAUAAUCAGCUGAUGAAAUACUAGAUGAACCCUCAAAACGGCGCAAAUUAUUUUUACGUUCCCACUGUAAAUUAAAGUGGCAUAAAAUUGUAAUUUAAAUAGAACGAUAGGAUGUACAAAAAGAAUAUUAAUAUGUAACGGCAACUCACAGAAUCAUCAUCUUUGUUGUCCUGAAAAUACUGAUCGGAACUAAUAGCCUUGGCACUACCAAAUUUCUUCUGUGCUUCUCCUUCUACCAUCGUUUUAACAUCAUUCUUACUAUUAUUUGGUUUGCUCGAUGGAGGAGCUACACGUUUUGGUGGUUCUGGCUCUGCAACAACAAUAACUUCUUCAUUACGAGAUUUGUUGUUAGUACUGCCACUGUAUGGUGUUGAAAAGACCACAUAAAAUUCGUCUAAAUUAAUAAAAGGAUCUCGUUCGACAUCAACAUCUCUCGGUCUUGGUUCAGAAGCAGUUAUAGUCCUUGAUGAUGUUUCCUGCAUUAUUGUUCUCAUAUCACCAAGUGCAGAAUGACUUGCACCACUGUAAAUUACACAUAUUUCCAAUAUAUCGUAUUUUAUGUUAUGUGUACAAUAUUUACAAUUUCUUUCUUUUUUCAGUAUUAUUACACAAAAUAAUAAUUCUUCAAUUAUAUAUAAAAUUAUAUAGAUACGGUACAUAUAUUAAUAAUAAUAUUUUAUAUAAAUAUAUGUAUACAAGCUUACAAAUAAGAUAUAAACAUUACCUUCGUGUAUUAAAUCCCAUACCAAGACGUUCUGCUUGUGUUGCUUUAGAAGGAUCUAAUUGUUUCGUUCUCUGUUCUAUCUUCUUAGCCUGUUCACUUAAAUUCUUUUCAUAGCGGUAGGCAAGCCGGGUAGCAAUUUCAUCUUGUUCUUCUUUUGUAUUUUCUUGUUGAUCUUUUUCCUGUGGUUCUUUAUUAGCUUCAGCAACACUUUUUUCUAAUUCAUCAAAAUUUGUUUUGACUCUUUGAGCACCCAACCCACCAGUUUUCUUGCCCAACUAUUAUAAAAGUAUAAAAAAUUAAUGGCAAACUUUUAAUUAAAAGUGUACUAGUAUUUUAAGAUUGUGCUAGUAUUCUAAAGUCAAAAUAAUAUUUUAAAAUUUAUACCAUUCAUUAUUAAAUUAUGUUAAAUAUAAGUGGUGAAUAAAUAACCAUUUGUAUACAUA